CUGAGCUGAGUGUGGGACGCAAUUGGGCCUUCGGGGCGCGAGACCUGGCAGCGAACUAGGCUGGCAGAUGGAACGGUCCGUUCGCGGCCUACUGCGCAGGCCCCGGCAGGUAGUGGAGCCGAAGCCUGGAAGCCACGUUGCACGCCCGCACCCCGACUUGGGAAUCGCCGGGACACAGGCAGAACUGAAAGGUGCCAUUGAGCUCAUCUGAUCUAGCCUCGCCAUUUUACAGAUGAAGAAACUGAGGCCUGUAGCAGGGUUUUGACUUACCCAAAUUUUCACCCGGGGGAGCUAAACUAGGACUCGAAACUGUGAAUGUGCUAGGUUUCUCCCCCCCACCCCCCAGCAGUAAAAGGGAAGUUUUAAUCAUCUUUCCCUUCCCACCAGUUGCAACCUGCCUCAAGAAUUAUUCUCGCUCUUACCUCUCUUUAUCUAGUGCCUCUUAUUUCUUAAACCUUUGUUGCCAGAAUAAUAAUAUUGUGAAGGCACCGGUCUUACCGGACCACUGAGGAAUUUCUUUUGCCUUUGAAGAUAAAAUGCAAAUUCUUUUGCAUUUAAGACCUUUCACAGCCUGGUUCCCUACUUUUUUUCCCCCAAUGUUAUUACCUUAUUAAAAGUUUUUUGAAGAAAAUUUUCAGGAAGUAGGUAGGUAUUGAGUUGGAUCUUGAAACAUGGGUUUCAAUGCAGCUAGAAUAGUGGGAAAGGGAUUCUAAGCAAAAAGUAAGGCUCAAAUGCUUUUGUGAGACUGGAAGUAGAUUAGCAAUAAAACUAUCACUGAAUGAUGAUAAUAUAGUAAAGAUGCCAUAAUGUCACAGAGGAAAGGAAGCACCAUCACAAAAAAAUUUAAAACAAGUUUUAUCCUUCCAGGAAAACAGCAAUUUAAUUUCCUGUACAAAUAAUAGAAAUACAAAUGCUAUAUUUGCAAUAUAUUCCAUCAUUUCCCAAUCUUUGGGCCUAAAGGUUAUUUCUAGUAGAACGUAAACAUAUUAAGGGCAAGGACUAUCCUAUUUGUGUUCUCUGAACAAUGCCUGGCACAUAAAAGGUACUUAAUAAACACUUUCUUGGUUGGCAUCUGUGAUUAUAUUUUUCAUACUUCAUUCCCUUUCACCCCAGCCUUUCUUUCAGUAAUAAACUUUAGAUAUAACCCUAGUAAUAGUGGGAAAAGCAGUGGACUUGGAAGACUUUGGUUCCCAUCCCACCUCUUAAACAAGCUAUUUAAUAAUCUUUUUGAACAAUGAUACAUGUAAAAUCCAGUAGAAUUGCUCAUCAACCCCUAGAGGGGAGAGGAAGGAGAAGACGGAAAGAACAUGAAUCAUGUAACCAUGGAGAAAUAUUUUGAAUUAAUUAAAUGAAAAGAAAAAAUAUAACUUCUUUGAGUUUCAUUUUCUCACAUGUGAAAUGGAGAUAAUGCUUGCACGACCUCAUUAACAGGUUGUUGUGAGAAGUCCUUUUUAAGUUUAAUUACUGCUAAUAUAAGCACUUGGAAAGGAUUUAUAUAUAUGCAAAACAGAAGAAAAUGAAAAGAAAGGUAACAAAAGUUGGAAACUUUAGGCUUAGUCCCAAUGAGGAAGCCUUUCUUUUGAAGGAAGAAUAUGAAAGAAGACGAAAACAAAGAUUACUACAGGUUAGAGAACAGGAAAGAUAUAUUGCAUUGCAGAUAAGACAAGAAGUAAAACAGAGGAGAGAUCAGCAUCUUCAUCAUUUGGCAGAAGAGUUGAAGGAAGAAUGGCAGAAGAAACAAGAAGAGAAAAUCAAAGAACUGGAAAAACUGUACAUAGCAAGCUUAAAAUCUGUGGGAGAGGCACAUCGUGAUGCCAAAGAAAAUGAACCUGAUGUAGAAUAUUUGGCAAAGCAAACAGAGGAAAGGCAACAAAGAGCAGAGGAAAGAGGGCGGAAAGCUCUGAAAAAAGUGAAAAAUCAAAAAGAAAAGCUCCUGAAACAGAAAACCUGGUAUGUAGAAAACCGUAAGAAAGUACUACUUGAAGAAAAAGAGAGAGCCGCAAAAAUCGCAAGUCUACCACCUCCUCCUCCAAAUCCUUUUGAGAAUAUUCACAUAAAGGAAAUUUCUACAUUAAAGACCAACUCUGCUAAUAUCUUUCCUACUUACCAUCAUCUUGACCCAACUAUCAUAAGAGAGGAAGAUUUAAAACAGAAUAAUCAUGUAAAGGAAAUUUCUGCAUUAAAGACCAGCUCUGCUAAUAGCUUUCCUACUUACCAUCAUCUUGACCCUACUGUCAUCAGAGAAGAGGUUUUAAAACAGAAUAAUCAUGUAAAGGAAAUUUCUGCAUUAAAGACCAGCUCUGCUAAUAGCUUUCCUACUUACCAUCAUCUUGACCCAACUAUCAUAAGAGAGAAAGAUUUAAAACAGAAUAAUCAUGUAAAGGAAAUUUCUGCAUUAAAGACCAGCUCUGCUAAUAGCUUUCCUACUUACCAUCAUCUUGACCCAACUAUCAUAAGAGAGAAAGAUUUAAAACAGAAUAAUCAUGUAAAGGAAAUUUCUGCAUUAAAGACCAGCUCUGCUAAUAGCUUUCCUACUCACCAUCAUCUUGACCCUACUGUCAUCAGAGAAGAGGUUUUAAAACAGCCAGAUCCACAUUUAGCUGCUGAAGAGGAAACAAAGAGGAUGGAGGAACUACAGAAAGAAGCUAUACAAGAAAGGCGAGAACAGCUUGAAAAGGCUCACAUACGGGGAGUUCAUGCCAUGAGAAAAGUUCAUAUGGCUAAAAGCCAAGAGAAAAUAAUGAAAGAACUAGAACAGCUGCAACAAGAAGACUUGGUUCGCAGGAGACAGAAUGUGGCUCAGAUGCCACCGCAGGUGGUUGAGCUGCCAUACAAACGCAUGGCAAUUAAAGAGGACUGGCAGAGGGAAUUGGAGUUUGCCUUUGAAGAUAUGUACAACGAGGAUAGGAAGGUGAAAGGAGACCUAAUUUUGAAACUAGAGCCAGAGCCUUUGCCAGUUGCCACUGAACACAUCCAGGAUGGAGAACUGGAUCUAUCAAUGGAACAAGACUACAUGUCUGAGAUUGAGAACCAAGAGAGAAUGGAAGAAAAAACUCCACUUUUCACAGAAACAGAGAUGGCUCCGGGGACCUACCAUGUACCUUCAACAUUUGUAUUUAAAAAAUUACUAGACAAAAUCCAAAGCCAGCGAUCCCAGUGGGCAAAUAAAUACAUUCCUGAAGAUGAAAGUGAAGUGGCUAAAAUUUUUGCUGAUGGUGAAAGUGAGACAUUAACAGUUGAGACAGGAACAAUUGCCAGUGAAGAAAAGCCAUUGCAUAAAUCAGAACAUAAACAGGAACAAGGUGAAACAAAACAACUUACUGACAUUGAAGGUGAAACAAAACAACCUACUGGCAUUGAAGGUGAAACAUUCACAACUGAGUUGGAAAAAAUUCCAAAAGAAGACCCACUUGUAAAUUUUACAUUAUCUGGGGAAAAAAAAGAAUCAUCUGAAAGUGAAAUUUCCAAGCCAGAUGAAGGGUCAGUUUCACUUCACCCUCAUGAAGAGGCAACUCCAAUUAGAACGGUAAUGAAGAGGCAAAAACAGAUAAUGAAACUUGAACAACAAAAGCAGAAGCAGCUGGAAUUAAUUAGACAGAUUGAACAACAGAAAAUAAGAUUGGAGAAUGAUUGUCUAAAGGCUCGAAAGACUCAGCUAGAACAUGAGAGGAAAAAAAUGAAAGAAAGAACUCAACAGUUUUAUUCAAGAUAUAUGAAAUCUUACCCUUUUAUGGACCAGUGGAAGAAAGAAACUUAUGUAGCAUCUCAGCAUUUAAUUGUUGAUGCUCCAACAUUAGGCUUAAAAAUUUCCAGAGAAGAUUGGAAUAAACAAAUGAUUCAUAACUACCAACAACAACUUUUACAGCAAAAGAGGUUUCACAGACAAUCCAUUGAUGCAGCCAGGAAACGUUUGCAUGAGUUUCAGAAUAUGUUAAAACAAAAAUAUCCAUCCAUAUCAACCAAAUCCUUUUCAUCUGAUUUUGCCAAGCUCAAUAGUGAACCACUUGAUAGAAAAACACUAACAUUCCAGUCUCUCUCUUACCAUCCAAGAGUACCAGAAUUGCCAAGUCUACAUUCACGACCAAAUUAUCCUGCAAUAACAGGAGACUCCCACUUGUUUUCAUUAGAGAGCAAUAAACGGCUAUUCUCUGAACAGGGUGCUCUUUCUUAUUCAGGGUCACAGUUAAUUCAACCUUCAGAAUCUUCUGCUGCACCUGAGUCUAAAUUUGGAAGUAUACAAGAUCUUUUUUCAGCUAAGAGUCAAAUUCGACAACCCUCAAGUCAUUUCAUAAGUUCAGAAGAUGGCCGUUUCAUUUCUUCAGAUCAUAGCCUGGCUCAAAGGGAUAGUUUGAAAACAAUGCAAAAGCAAUUACAUGUACAAAAGGAAACUCUUCAUAUUAGUGAGAAAAUCCCAGAAGAAUUGCUUGUAGAUAGACAGCAGCCUGAAUUGGAAGAAAGAAUACUUUCUGAUCAAACUGGGUCCUCUUCUUUAGUAACAUUAUCUGGAAGAAUCCAAGAACCCUUUGCCAUCAAGAAUGAGAGCAUAGUUCCCUCAAGCCAUUCCCUAAUGCAAAUAUUUCCAGAUAAGCUUUUAUUUUCUUCUGAGGAUACCCUGCAUCAACAGUGUAAUCUGAGCACAAUCCAGGAACAGUUGAAUAAACAAAAGAAAGCCCUGUACUUGUGCCUAAAAGCCCAGGAAAGCCUGGGUUUACAUAGGUCAGCUUCAGGAAAAGAAAAAGUACCUUCUAGUCGUGUGUCCUUUAGUACUACUUCAGUGCCACUGGUUCCUCAGCAUUCACUUAGUUCAACAGUUUCUGCUGCAUCCAAAUCUGUAGGAAUUCAGGAAUUCCAUUUAACUGGGAGUGAGACUAUAUCUCCUUCAAGGCAUUCCACAACUCAGGAUAGAUAUUGGACUUCUUCAAAACCCAUGCUAGCUCAGCAAGAUAAUUGGAAGGUAAUUAAAGAUAGGCAAAAGGACCAGGAAGAGAUGUUGGUACAACCUAAGAGAGCUUUAGAGAAAAAAUUAUUUCCUGAUCAGACUGCCUCUCCUUUCCUACAACAGCAUUCAUUUACUUCCCUACCAUCUACUGAGUCUGGAGGCAUGCAGAUAGCCAGUUCAUGUCCUUCAAUCCCUAACAUAAUGCAAAUGUGUCAGGAAAAGCUUUCGGGUUCUUCAGAGCACAUUCUUUCUCAACAAGAUGAUUUGAACCUUCACCAAGAACAGUUGGCUGGAGAGAAGAAAGCUCUUCAGAUUAGUGAAAGUGCCCAGCAACAGACAAUUCUGAAUGAAAGAUUAUUUUCUAGUCAGACCAAUGAAAUUUCUGUGCCAUCCUUACCUCAGCAUUCAUCUACUCCACCAUCUUCUAAAUCUGAAGAAAUCCAAAAUCCUUUUGUAGCCAAGAGUAAUAACAUACUUCCUUCAGGGUAUUCCACAAUCCUGGUAUUUCAAGAUAGAGUUUCUGUUUUAAAUGACAGCCAGUGUCAGCAAGAUAAUUUGAAAGAAAUACAGGAACAAUUGAAUAGAGAGAAGGAAACCCUUCACUUUGACCAGAGAUCCCUAUUACGGUACCUUAAUUACAAACAUGGUGCAUUGGAGGAAAGUACAUCUUCUAGUCAGACUGAUUUCUCUCCUUUAAAACCACAUUUUUCUCCGUACUCAAAUAGUUCAUUGCCUUCACCUGAAGCUGAGUCUAAAUCUGAUACUGGAGGAAUACAAGAACCUUUUUUAACUAAUCAGAACACACUUUCCUCACCCCAGCUUUCAAUCCACACAUUUCAAGAUAAACUUUUGGCUUCGUCAAAGCAUUUUUCAGCUGCUCAAGAGAAUUCAAAGGAGUUGCAAAAGGAAAUUUUAGAGAGGAGACAAAAAGCCCAUGAAGAAUGGCUUUUUCGAAGACAGAAUAGUCUGCAAGAACAGCUACAGCAGUAUGAAGAAGCUAUAAAGGAUUCUUUUCAUGAGAAUCAGGCAAAUAAGUCCAUACCCCAAAACGUGAAAGAAAUUCAAAGUACAGAGCAAUUCACAGAGUUAUCAUCUUUGUCACAAGAUGUAAGAAGUAAUUAUCAGGAAGAACUAAAUAAAGCAGACAAGAGCAAAUUUCAUGCCAGUGAAUUGCUCUCAGAAAAUAGCGAUCCAGAUGAGCACACUGGUGAGCUGCAAAACAGAGAGCAGAGACAGAGACUUUCAAAACCACCUGUAGCAAAAAUCAGAUCACGACUAGAUUUAAAUCAACAUGAACUUAGUACUAUUCAAGAAGUAGAAUCACCAAAAAGUGGCAGAGUUUAUACUAGAGAGAAGAGAGAAUGUUAUGGAGAGGUGGCUUCCAAAUCAACUUUAAGUGACUUGGAUUCUAGCAAAUUUGAAGAAACUGUUGAUCAAGGUAGAGAUCCUAUCAGGAUUUCAAUAAACCGAGUCCCAAGUUUGGGGAAUAUAUCACAAGAUAGUAAUCAGUCUAGUACCCUGCAGACUACAAAUCCAGUUCAUAGUGGUAAUAAUAAUGGCCAGGACAAGAAUGUUGUUGCUGAGAAUCAUUAUGCUGCUGAUUUAGGGCAGGAAAUGCCUGUGUAUCCUGGUUCAGGUUUUAAGCCAAAAAAGAUAAUGCAAUAUGUACCAUGGUCAAUUAAUGACUUUGGUUCCCAGUCUCAUGCACAAGAGAUACAACAUGACCAGUCUUCAUUAACAAUAUCUAGUGGGAGCUUCUUAAGUAAUGAAAACUUUAAUUUAAACCUUACAAAUUCAGAAUUUGAACAAACUUUUCCACAUUUACAUCAUCAGAUCUUUUAUCAUUUGGAACCAAGGUGUGACUUGGAUUUUUCAUCAUCUCUUUCUCCAUCUGGACUUUCUCAAGACUUAAACAGGAGCACAUAUCCUUCAACCCCUGAAAGCCAAGAUGCUUUUGGAUCUCGUGAAAGCACAACCUCCACCACAGCUACGAAGACCAACCUUCAUUCUGUUCUUGACAUAGAUUUGCAUUCUUCUUUGAAUAGAAUGACUCUUAGUUUCUCCCAAACUAAAGAUUUUCCUAAGGAAAAAAUUACUUUGGCAAUGUCUGAAGAACCAUUCCAGCCACUUCAGCCUGAAUCUACUCCAGGUGACAGAAGCCACUCUGCUGAUUUACCAAGCAUUAUUAGCAUUGAAGCUGAAGGACCUUCACAAGACUCUAGAAAUGAAAAAUUUCCUCUUAGAAAGCAGUAUGAGGAAUUACUGACACAGAAGGGAAGUGGUCAUUUCUCUCCAUCAGUGGAAAAUCUGCAGAGUCCUACUUUUAGUUCAUCUGAUGAUCCAGAUCUUUUCGGUAGAAUGAAGGUGCCACAUAGCACACCUUAUGAUUCUUCUUCAAGCAAGAGUUCAACAAAAGACCCAAUGGAAUCCAAAAAAGAGAAUUUGGGUUUUGAAGAAUUAUCUGAUGAAAUGAAAAGGAGUCAAACCGAAAUUAUUGCAGGUACUCAGAGUGAAACAGAUAGUAGAUGUUCAGUCAGAGAUCCAAAGACAGUUUCAGAAAGUUCAAGUAAAAUCAUAUCCAUUGAAGAAAAUGUGGAGAUCUUUAGAAACACACCUCAACGACCACCAUCGUCAUUCUUAAUAAGUCUCAGAUCAUGUAGCUCUAUACCAGUUUGGGAGACUGAGUCUGGACAGGGUAUCAUGGAAGAGGCUGAACUUACCUUAAUCAGUUCCAGUGGCAAUAGUGUUAUAGAGUCAGAGGAAAAUUUGAUCCAAGAAGAAAACAAAGAGAGUGAAUUGAACAGCUGUUUUCGGGAGACUGAGUCUGGACAGGGUAUCAUGGAAGAGGCUAAACUUACUUUAAUCAUUUCCAGUGGCAAUAGGGUUACAGAAUCAGAGAAAAAUUUGAUCCAAGAAGAAAACAAAGAGAGUGAAUUGAACAGCUGUUUUCAGGUGAAACAAGAUACAGAGUUGAAAGAUGACUCAUUUUGGAAAUCAGAACCUCCUGAGGAGGGACCAUCUUCCUCCCUUCAGCCUCCAGGUACAUUCCAAAAAUCUAGUUCUUCACCAGGACGUUUACAAGAAGCAUUUGUAAUGAAGAGUUUUUCAUUUGAUGAACAAAGAGAGACUGUAAUUAAAAAUAAAGCUCAAACUAAUGGAAAAUCUCAGACUAAAUCAGCCCCUGAAAUUAAGAUAAAAAACUACCCAGCGGAGAGAAAGUUUACUGAACCAACUUUGAAUCAGUUAAAGAAAGUGAAUGAAGUUAAAGUGUGUUCUCCUGAAGACAGGAAGACUGCAGAAACACUUAAGCAUCAACAGGCCUUAAGGUUAUAUAAUCAAUUAACUGAAGUGAGACAACAAAGGGAAGAGAAAGCAAGACAAGAAGCCUUUAUGAGAAAUAGAGAAAAGGCAAAAGAGUUUCAGAGGGAAUCAGACUUUGAGCAUAGUUUCCCAGAAGAAUCAGAACUUACUUUGAUCAGUAUUACACAUUCUGGUUUGGAAAACUGUACCAAAGAAGAAAACAAAACAAGUGAAUUAGACAGCCAUUUUCAGAAAUCAGAGUUUGAAGUUAGCAUCAUAGAAAAAUCAGAACUUACUUGGAAGAAGACUAGUAACAUCAGUAUUAUAGAUAUUGAUUUGGUAACGCAUAUUCAAGAGGAAAACAAAAUGAGUAAAUUAGAAUCCAAUGUUCAGGCAUCAGAGUUUGAAGCUAGUAUCAUAGAAAAAUCAGAGCUUACUCAAAAGACUAGUAACAUCAGUAUUAUAAAUGUCAAUUUGGUAACACAUAUCCAAGAGGAAAAUAAAAUGAGUGAAUUAGAGUCCAAUAUUCAGACAUCAGAGUUUGAAGUUAGUAUCACAGAAAAAUCAGAGCUUACUUGGAAGAAGACUAGUAAUAACAGUAUUAUAAAUGUUGAUUUGGUAACACAUACCCAAGAGGAAGACAAAAUGAGUGAAAUCAAAUCCAAUUUUCAGGACUCAGAGUUUGAGAUUAGUAUCAUAGAAGAAUCAGAGCUUACUUGGAAGAAGACUAGUAAUAUGAGUAUUAUAGAUGUCGAUUUGGUAACAGAGAACCAAGAGGAAAACAAAAUGAGUGAAUUAGAAUCCAAUGUGCAGGAAUCAGAGAUUGAAAUUAGUAUCAAAGAAGAAUCAGAACUUACUUGGAAGAAGACAAGUAAUAUCAGUAUUAUAGAUAUUGAUUUUGGAACAUGUAUCCAAGAGGAAAACAAAUUGAGUGAAUUAGAAUCCAAUGUUCAGGAAUCAGAGUUUGAAGUUAGUAUCAUAGAAGAAUCAGAGGUUACUUGGAAGAAGACUAGUAAUAUCAGUAUUAUAGAUGUUGAUUUGGUAACAGAUAUCCAAGAGGAAAAUAAAAUGAAUGAAAUUGAAUCCACUUUUCAGGCAUCAGAGUUUGAACUUAUAAAAGAACCAGAGCUUACUUGUAAGAAUACUAGUAACAUCAGUAUUAUGGAUGUGGAUUUGGUAACUUGUAUUCAAGAGGAAAACAAAAUGAGUGAAUUAGAAUCCAUUUUUCAGGCGUCAGAUUUUGAAGUUAGUAUCAUAGAAGAAUCAGAGCUAACUUGGAAGAAGAGUAGUAAUAUCAGUAUUAUAGAUAUCGAUUUGGUAACAUGUAUCCAAGAGAAAAACAAAAUGAGUGAAAGAGAAUCUAAUUUUCAGGCUUCAGAGUUUGAACAUAGUCUCAUAGAAGAAUCAGAACUUUCUUGGAAGAACACUAGUAACAUCUAUAUUAUAGUUACAGAUUUGAAAAAGCCUAUCCAAGAGGACAACAAAAUGAGUGAAUUAGAAUCUCAUUUUCAGGCAUCAGAGUUUGAAGAUAGUAUCAUAGAAGAAUUAGAGCUUACUUGGAAGAAGACGAGUAACAUCAGUAUUGUAGAUGUUGAUUUGGCAACACAUAACCAAGAAGAAAACAAAAUGAGUGAACUGGAAUCCAAUUUUCAGGAGUCAGAGUUUGAAGUUAGUAUAGAAGAAUCAGAACUUACUUGGAAGAAGACUAGUAACAUCAGUAUUAUAGAUAUCGAUUUGGUAACACAUAUUCAAGGGGAAAACAAAAUGAGUGAAUUAGAAUCCAAUGUUCAGGUUGCAGAGUUUAAACACAGUAUCAUGGAAGAAUCAGAGCUUACUUUGAAGAACACUAGUAACAUCUAUAUAAUAGUUACAGAUUUGAUAAAGCCUAUCCAACAGGACAACAAAAUGAGUGAAUUAGAAUCCCAUUUUCAGGCACCAGAGUUUGAACAUAGUAUCAUAGAAGAGCCAGAGCUUACUUGGGGGAAGACAAGUAACAUCAGUAUUAUGGAUGUCGAUUUUGGAAUGUGUAUCCAAGAGGAAAAAAAAAUGAGUGAAUUAGAGUUCAAUUUCCUGGCAUCAGAGUUUGAACAUAGUAUCUCAGAAGAAUCAGAGCUUAUUUGGAAGAAGACUAGUAACAUCUAUGUUAUAGUUGCAGAUUUGAUAAAGUCUAUCCAAGAGAACAACAAAAUAAGUGAAUUAGAAUCCCAUUUUCAGGAGUCAGAGUUUGAACAUAGUAUCAUAGAAGAACCAGAACUUACUUGGGGGAAGACAAGUAACAUGAGUAUUAUAGAUGCCGAUUAUGGAAAAUGUAUCCCAGAGGAAAACAAAAUGAAUGAAUUAGAAUCCAAUUUUCGGGAGUCAGAGUUUGAAGUUAGUAUCAUAGAAGAACCAGAGUUUACUUGGAAGAAGACUAGCAGCAUCAGUAUUAUAGAUAUCAAUUUGGUAACACAUAUCCAAGACGAAAAUAAAAUGAGUGAACUGGAAUCCAAUUUUCAGGCAUCAGAGUUUGAACAUAGUAUCAUAGAAGAACCAAAGCUUACUUGGAGGAAGACUAGUAACCCCAGUAUUCUAGAUGUCAAUUUAGUAACUCAAUUCCAUGAGGAAAACAAAAUGAGUGAAUUAGAGUCCAAUUUUCAGGAAUCAGAGUUCGAAGUUAGUAUCAUAGAAGAACCAGAGCUUACUUGGACGAAGGCUAGUAACAUCAGUAUGAUAGUUGCUGAUGUGAUAAAGUGUAUCCAAGAUGAAAGCCAAAUGAGUGAAUUAGAAUCCAAUUUUCAGGCAUCAGAGUUUGAAGCUAAUAUCAAAGAAGAAUCAGAGUUUACUUGGAAGAAGACUAAAAACAACAUCAUUAUUAUAGAUGUUGAUUUGGUAACACAUAUCAAAGACAAAAACAAAAUGAAGGAAUUAGAAUCCCAUUUUCAGGGUCAUGUGUGGAAGGAACAUGGAAGUAGGUUGCCCUGUCAAGUUAACCCCCAGCAGCUGGAUCAAGAGGCAUCAGAGUUUGAACAUAGUUUCAUAGAAGAACCAGAAUUUACUUCGAAGAAGACUAGUAACAUUAGUAUUAAAGAUGUCGAUUUGGUAACAGGUAUCCAAGAGGAAAACAAAAUGAGUGAAUUAGAAUCCCAUUUCCAGGCGUCAGAGUUUGAACAUAGUUUCAUAGAAGAAUUAGAAUUUACUUCGAAGAAGACUAGUAACAUUAGUAUUAAAGAUGUCGAUUUGGUAACAGGCAUCCAAGAGGAAAACAAAAUGAGUGAAUUCGAAUCCCAUUUUCAGACACCAGAGUUUGAAUAUAGUAUCAUAGAAGAGCUAGAGCUUACUUGGAAGAAGACUAGUAACAUCAGUAAUUUAGAUGCAGAUUUUGCAAAGUGUAUCCAAGAGGAAAACAAAAUGAGUGAAUUAGAAUCCUAUAUUCAGGAGUCAGAGUUUGAACAUCAUUUCACAGAAGAAUCCAAGAUUACUUUGAGCAGCAAUGGUAACAUCAGUAUUACAGAUCUAGAUUUGGAAAACUUUAUCCAAGAGGAUAACAAAAUGAGUGAAUCAAAAAACCAUUUUCAGGAGUCAGAACUUGAACAUUAUUUCACAGAAGAAUCAGAGCUUACUUCAAACAGCCAUGGUAACAUCGGUAAUACAGAUCUAGAUUUGGAAAACUGUAAGCAAGAGGAAAACAAAAUGAGUGAAUUAAAUAGCCAUUUUCAGGUGGAGGUGUCUAAAGACCAUUUCUCAGUUUGUGCACCAAAGUGCACCAAAGAAUCUUCCUCAAUACAACCUGCAGACCCAUCAGAGAGUGAGUUGAAGAAAGACAAUGAAGUUGAGGUGUCUAUCUCUGAGAACAUGGAGGCUAAACAGUCAUUUGUGCAUCAGCUGGCUUUCAGGUUACAUAAUCAAUUAGCUGAAGUGAAAAAAGAAAAGGAAAAGAAAGCGAGUCAAGAAGAUUGCUAAAAUAAGGAAAGACCAAAAAAAAGUUUCACAGGGAUUGUUCUUUAAAGUCUUAUCCUUGAGUCCUGUCAUUAGUACUACAAUCAUACAGUCCAAUUGGUAAGAAUACUUCUGGUAAUAAAUAAUCUGGUAACAAGA